AUGUCGACCGACGCGGGCAACAACCCCCAGGAGUCGCAGUUCCAGAAUAUUGGAGAUCUCGUCGAGCGCAAUGACGAGACUGGUGUGAUGAGCGUCGAAUCGCUCUGCAUGAACUGCCACGAGAAUGGAACUACCCGAAUCCUCCUCCUUCGUGUGCCUUUCUUCAAAGAUAUCGUGGUGGACUCGUUCUACUGCGAACACUGCAACUUCGCGAACAACACCGUCAAGCCCGCCGGUCCUAUCUCUCCGCUAGGAAUCAAGUACACAUUGGAUGUCAAGGACCCCAACGAUCUUCAACGCCAGGUUAUCCGAUCCGAUGCAGCCACCUUCAAGCUUGACACUUUGGGAAUUGAAAUGCCCAAGGGUGGAGAAAUCAGCAAUGUGGAGGGAAUGAUUCAGCGCAUGCACGAGUCGCUCUCCGGGGAGCAACCGCUCCGUAAGGAGCAAGCCCCCGAACUUCAUGAUGCUCUCGAGCCUAUAAUCGCCAAGCUGAAGGCCAUUCUGGACCGCGAGCUCUUCCCCUUCACCAUCACUCUCGACGACCCGACCGGAAACUCUUGGAUUGCUCCCAACCCGAGCGACAAGACCAACUACCGCCGUGUCGAAUAUCCCCGUACUCAUGAGCAGAACGAGGAGCUCGGCAUCACUCUUGACCACACCGAGCAAGCAGUCACCAACGCUGUAGACGGCGAGGACCCUAACGAUUCCGAGAUCGUCGAUGGCCAGGUCUACACCCUGCCCGCAGAGUGCCCGAGCUGCACUCGUCCUGUUGCCCUCCACAUCAAGAAGGUGUCGAUCCCUUACUUCAAGGACGUUCUCAUCAUGGCCAGCUCCUGCGCACCGGAAGAUGGCGGCUGUUCAUACAAGCAGAACGAGGUCAAGGUUGGCGGAGAGAUUCCGGAGAAGGGUCGCCGUAUCACUUUGCGCGUCGAGAAUGAGGUCGACCUCAACCGCGACGUCUUGAAGUCGGGAACCUGCGCUCUGCAGAGUGAUGAACUUGAGCUUUACCUGGGCGCAUCUUCCAUCUCUAGUCGCUUCACUACUGUCGAGGGUCUCUUGACUGAUAUGCGCAAGCAAUUGCACGGCAACCUGUACGACCUCGGCUCCGGCGGUGGUGACAGUAUGGACAAGUCCGACAAGGAGAAGUGGGACCGCUUCUUCGAUCGUCUCGACCAAGCUAUCAACGGCGAGCUGAAGUUCACCAUCACCUUGGAAGACCCUCUGGCGAACAGCUACGUCCAGGACCUUUGCUCCCCUGCCAAGGAUCCUCAACUCGACAUUGAGGACUACGAGCGCACCGACGAGGAGAACGAGGAGCUUGGUCUCAACGACAUGAAGACCGAGGGCUACGAAAACGAUGCGAAUGAUGAGAAUGAGGAGAAGGCAUAG